CCAAGAAGUUAGUAAUGCCCAUCAUUUACUAAGUAGAAGUUAUCUCAACAUAAGUGAAGAUGAUUAAAAUAUUAUCAGUCUUGGUACUAGCAACUCUAGUCGCUGACGCAUUCGGCCAGCGCUUCAUACAUCCAACGUAUAGGCCUCCUCCGCGACGACCAGUGAUCAUACGGACCGUUCGUGACGUCAGUGAUCAACCACUAUGGCUAUACCAAGGUGACAUUCCACGAGCACCUGCAUCCGGUGACCACCCAGUACUACCAACAACCAUCGAUGAUGUAAAACUGGACCCAAAUAGAAGAUACGCACGUGACGUCAAUGAUCAACCAUUGUGGCUGUACCAAGGUGACAUUCCCCGAGCACCUGCAUCCGGUGACCACCCAGUUCUACCAACCAUCAUCGAUGAUGUAAAACUAGACCCAAACCAAAGAUACGCUCGAAGCGUGGACUCUCCGAGCGCCCGCCGGUCAGGUGGUGGAUCAAGAUCUACCGGCAAUCACGAUACUGGGCGGACUCAUCCCGGAUAUAAUCGUCGAAAUGCUAGAGAUGUUGAAUUUACUCAAAGGCCUGGAUGGCCUAAACCUCGUCCUACCGUAGGACCCGUACGUCCAUUCCCUCGCCAGCAACCUUUAUCGCCAAUAUCUAAAUCUCCAUCUCGGUAUUUAAUAGCAUCAUUCACAGCAGACGACUGGAGACAAGACGUAAAAAUGCUUAAAUUAAUAUCAGUUUUAUUGUUACUGGUGUGUAUCGACUAUGCCUUAAGUCAGCGCUUUAUUCGUCUGACGUAUAGACCUCCUCCACGAAGAUACAUCAUUCGAAGAGUUCGGGACGUGAGUGAUCAAGAACCGUUGUGGCUAAAUCAAGACAGCAAUCAUCCUCGAGCGCCUACCAGUGGUGAUAAUCCCGUGCUGCCCCCUUAUAUCGAUGAUGUAAAAGUGUACCCAAACAGAAGGUACGCCCGGAGUGUAGAUUCACCAAGUGCUAGGCGGUCCAGAGGAAGUAGUUCAAAAUCUAGCCGUAGUCAUGAUACCGGAAGAACUCAUCCUGGAUACAAUCGGCGUAAUGCUUAAGAGGUUUCAACCAGGUUUCAACGGUUUCAACAUUGACCCGAUUUUUAUGGUACAUGAAACCUAACAUGAAAAAGUAGCUGUAACUAGUUAAAAUGAAAUUGUAUUAAUUAAUUAUAGUAAAUAUUAUAUCCAUUAAAAUUAUGUAAGUACCUA